AUGUCUGACUCAGGAGCGUCUCGGUUCAAGCCACAGAACAAAACGACUAAUGAGCGUCUAUCAACACACACGGUAGGCCUCGUCGCUCUUUCCGAUUUCCGCAAGCGACGCGCAGAAGUCCUCGAACAACAGGAGCGCGAGUCCCGCGAAGCUGCAUACUCAGGCACGUCCACUCCGGAUGUUUCCCAGGCAGGCACUCCUGACAACGGCAGUGAUAGCGGAAAUGGAAUGCGACCGUUGAAGAAGAAGAAAAAGAAGCAAGGGAAGAAGUUGCUGUCAUUUGACGACGAAGAGGGCGAGGAUGAAGAGCCAGCGAUCAAACCGAAAUCGAAGCCCCGAAAAGACAGCGCGGACGAAACCGAAGGCAGCGAAGGCGAGUUCAAAACCAAGUUCAAGGCCAAUGCUUCAGUCGGAAUGGUGCCAAAAGCCAUGACCAAAGCCGCACUGCGCAAAGAAGCCGCCGAACGAGACGCUUUGCGACGCGAAUUCUUGGCCAUCCAAGAAGCCGUUAAAGCCACCGAGAUCGCCCUUCCUUUUGUCUUCUACGACGGCAGCAAUAUUCCUGGCGGCAUUGUUAGAUUAAAGAAAGGCGACUUCAUAUGGGUGUUUCUCGACAAGAGCCGAAAGGUUGGCGCCGACUUGGGCGUUGGAGAAAAAGCAAACGCAAGGAGAGAAUGGGCCAGAGUUGGCGUUGAUGAUUUGAUGCUUGUUCGCGGAACAGUCAUUUUACCUCACCAUUAUGAUUUCUAUUUCUUCGCCAUGAACAAGACUCCGGGUCCUGACGGCGAGCCUGUCUUCAAAUACACCGCCGAACCUCCUCAAAAACCCACACCGACCGAUGAUGCUGCAGUCCCACACGAACCUCUUGCGACGCCUGCCUCGAGGGCGGCGGCGGCGGCGGCUGCUGCUAAAGCGUUACCCGAUAUAAAUACCCUCGAGGGCGCCGACGAAGAUCCUACUCUCACAAAGGUGGUUGAUAGGCGGUGGUAUGAGAAGAACAAACACAUCUUCCCUGCGAGUAUGUGGCAAGAGUUUGAUCCCGAAAAGGACUACGGGAAGGAAGUGCGGAAGGAUGCUGGCGGGAACACGUUCUUCUUCUCGCGUUGA